AGUAUGGAGGCGUCGGCGUUUAGACGCGUCACUCGUUGAUAACGCAAAACUCUACCGCUUGACUUGAUAGGAACACCACACCGAAAACAAACAAACAACGGAGAACAAGGCAACAGGCACCGGUCACACUCUGCGCAUUUCUGCCAUUGCCAUGAAAUGAGGGCACCAUGGGCGCCAAGGAGUCACGGAUAGGCUUCCUUUCGUAUGACGAGGCCGUUAAAAGAGUUACCGAUGUGGAGCUCAAACGUCUGCGAGAUGCCUUCAAGAGGACCAGUGGCCUGUCUGUCUAUAUGACCCAGCAAUGCUUCUACAGGGAAGUACUUGGCGAUGGAGUUCCUCCAAAGGUUGCAGAGGUGAUCUACAACUCUUUUGGUGGCACAUCUAAAGGGCUGCACUUCAACUACCUGAUCGUCGGGCUGGUUCUAUUAACAAGAGGACGCGAUGAAGAGAAAGCCAAAUACAUCUUCAGCUUGUUCGCUAGUGAUUCGGGGGCCUAUGUGGUCCGGGAGGAUGUGGAGAACAUGCUGCGUUCGGUGGAUGGGGAGAUCCCACCCUCUCUUAGGAAGUGCUUCACUGAGGGAGAGAAGGUGAAUUAUGAGAAGUUUAAGAGCUGGCUUCUGCAGAAUAAAGAUGCUUUCACGUUCUCCCGCUGGCUGCUCUCAGGUGGUGUGUGUGUCACGUUGACCGACGACAGCGACACACCCACUUUCUAUCAAACCCUGGCAGGUGUCACACACUUAGAAGAAUCAGACAUUAUCGACUUGGAAAAACGCUACUGGCUGCUGAAAGCCCAGUCAAGGACAGGUCGCUUUGAUUUGGAAACCUUUGUCCCUCUGGUCUCGCCCCCUAUUCACGCAUCGCUUAGUGAAGGCUUGUUUCAUGCCUUUGAUGAGAAUCUGGACAAUCAUAUUGACUUUAAGGAGAUAUCUUGCGGGCUCUCAGCGUGCUGUCGGGGCCCUGUAGCGGAGAGGCAAAAGUUUUGUUUUAAAGUCUUCGAUGUAGAUCGGGAUGGAGUUCUGUCCAGGGAUGAGAUCCAUGAGAUGGUGGUGGCGCUGCUGGAGGUGUGGAAGGAUAACCGUACAGACACCCUCCCUGAGUUUGAUUCCAGCGUGUCAGACAUUGUAGAGGACAUAUUGAAAAUGCAUGACACAACAAAACAAGGGCACUUAACCCUGGAGGACUAUCAAAUAUGGAGUGUGAAAAGUGCCCUCGCCAAUGAGUUCCUCAACUUGCUCUUUCAGGUGUGUCAUAUCGUCCUUGGCCUGCGUCCUGCUACCCCUGAAGAAGAAGGCCAGAUCAUUAGGGGUUGGCUGGAGAGGGAGAGCAGACAUGGGCUACAACCCGGUCAGAACUGGUUCCUGAUCUCCAUGCAGUGGUGGCAGCAAUGGAAAGACUAUGUCAGAUAUGAUAAUAAGUCGAUUGUCAUGGAGCAGCCGUCAAUGCAAGGCAGUGGGAUGAGAAGUUCUCAGUCAACAGCACCUAUAGACCCUGUCCUGAACAGAAUUGGAAUAGUGGUCCGUUCCCCCAGUUCCCCAGAAGAAAAAUUCCCUGAUAACAUCUCCAGCUCAUCGGAGGCUUCAGAGAGCACUGGUAAUAGCCUGAUCCCACACACCACUUCCUCUGCCACAGAUGUCUGCUUUGCUCGGCAGCACAACAUCUCUGACAACAACAACCAGUGUUUCUCCAGCGCCAAUGGCCAUUUGCCCAACAGCAUGGCUGUGCAGAGACCUGGUGCCAUAGACAACCAGCCUCUGGUGACCACCGACCCCAUGAAGGCGCCCACACUGACCAUGGAGGGAGGCCGGCUGAAGAAAUCCCAACAGCUGGUAAAUGGUCGGGACUUUGAGACGGUGCCAGAGCCGGUAUGGAGGGCACUUUACCACUGGUAUGGGGCCAACCUCAGCCUGCCCCGACCGGUCAUCAUGUCUACAAUCACAGCUCAACCAGAGCUGGAGCUCUUUCCCCGCUACCUUCUGUUCCUGCGCCAGCAACCGGCCACACGCAACCCUCAGUCUAACAUCUGGGUCAAUAUGGGUAUGAGCAGCCUGCGAAUGUUCCCUCCACAUAUGCCCCGAGGAAACGUUCCUUCUCCGAACGCCCCUCUGAAGCGAGUGCUGGCAUACACAGGCUGUUUCAGCAGGAUGGGCACCAUUAAAGACAUUCAUGAGUACCUGUCCCAGAGGUUACGCAUCAAAGAAGAGGACACGCGCCUCUGGCUCUACAAUAGUGAGAAUUACCUCACUCUCCUAGACGAUGAAGAUCACACUUUAGAAAGUUUGAAAAUUCAAGACGAAAAGCACUUAGUCAUUGAGGUUCGAAACAAAGAUAUGAGCUGGCCAGAGGAAAUGUCUUUCAUUGCAAACAGCAGCAAAAUCGACAGACACAAAGUUCCUACAGAGAAAGGUGCCACAGGUUUGAGUAACCUGGGUAACACAUGCUUCAUGAACUCCAGUAUUCAGUGUGUAAGCAAUACCAAGCCCCUCACUGAGUACUUUAUCUCAGGACGACACCUUUAUGAGCUUAACAGAACCAAUCCAAUAGGAAUGCGUGGUCACAUGGCCAAAUGCUAUGGUGAUUUGGUACAGGAACUCUGGAGCGGCACCCAGAAGAACAUUGCACCUCUGAAACUCAGGUGGACGAUAGCAAAGUAUGCACCAAGAUUCAACGGCUUCCAGCAACAAGACUCCCAGGAGCUUUUGGCCUUCCUGUUGGAUGGGCUUCACGAGGACUUGAAUCGUGUCCAUGAGAAGCCGUACGUGGAGCUCAAGGACAGCGAUGGUCGGCCAGAUCAUGAAGUGGCCACAGAGGCCUGGGAAAACCAUUUGCGGAGAAAUCGUUCUAUCGUGGUCGACCUCUUCCAUGGGCAGCUCAGGUCCCAGGUGAAGUGCAAGACCUGUGGCCAUAUCAGUGCCCGCUUCGACCCCUUUAACUUCCUGUCGCUGCCGCUUCCUAUGGACAGCUCCAUGCACUUAGAAAUCACAGUUAUCAAACUUGACGGCUCCACUCCGGUGCGGUACGGGCUGCGUCUCAACAUGGAUGAGAAGUACAUGGGCCUGAAGAAACAGCUGAGUGAGCUGUGCAGCCUGAAACCUGAGCAGAUUCUACUGGCUGAGGUUCACACAUCCAACAUCAAGAACUUUCCUCAAGACAACCAGAAGGUGCGACACUCUGUGAACGGCUUUCUCUGUGCAUUUGAGAUCCCUGUGCCUGGCUCACCCACCUCAGUCACGUCUCCAGUGAUAACAGAAAAAACACCUGUGGCUAAUGGGACAGCAGGGAAUAAUCACAUUGGAAAGUCUGGCCUGAUUCCUAAUGGCAUGCCAAGCACAGUGGUCCCCUGCACCCCAGAGAAGCCCCUCGCCAAUGGGAUUCCUAAUGGCCAUGCCGUGCCGGUGCAAGACAGCCCCUUCAUUGGCUACAUCAUUGCCAUGCAUAGAAAGAUGAUGCGGACAGAGCUGUACUUCCUGUCCUCUCAGAAGAACAGGCCCAGUCUGUUCGGUAUGCCGCUGAUUGUGCCAUGCACAGUUCACACAAGUAAGAAGGACCUGUAUGAUGCAGUGUGGAUCCAGGUGUCCCGACUUGCCAGCCCUCUGCCCCCACAGGAAGCCAGCAACCAUGCUCAAGACUGUGAUGACAGUAUGGGCUACCAGUACCCCUUCACUCUGCGAGUGGUGCAGAAAGAUGGUAAUUCCUGUGCCUGGUGUCCCUGGUACAGGUUCUGCAGAGGCUGCACAGUGGACUGUAAUGAAGACCGGGCAUCUUUGGGGAAUGCCUACAUUGCUGUAGACUGGGACCCCACCGCUCUGCACCUUCGUUACCAGACCUCUCAGGAAAGGAUAGUGGAAGAGCAUCCCAGUGUAGAGCAGAGUCGGCGCGCUCAGGCAGAACCCAUCAGUCUGGACAGCUGUUUGAAAGCCUUCACCAGUGAAGAAGAGCUGGGAGAGGAUGAGCUCUAUUACUGCUCCAAAUGUAAAACCCACCGCCUGGCCACCAAGAAGCUGGACCUCUGGAGGCUGCCUCCCGUACUGAUUGUUCAUUUGAAACGCUUCCAGUUUGUCAAUGGUCGCUGGAUUAAGUCUCAGAAAAUUGUGAAGUUUCCACGUGAGAGCUUUGACCCCAGUGCGUUCCUGGCCCCACGGGAGGUGUCUCAAAGCAUGGGCAGCCUGCAGAGUGAAUCCCUGGUAGAGGAGCUCCAGAGACUGGAGAGAGGAGACUCCUCUGUGUCCUCCAUCUCCACUACUACUGUGGCCAGUCCUCCCACCUCUGGCAGAGGCACCCCAUGCUCCAUCAGGAGGGUUGGCAGCCCACUGAGCAAAAACAGCAGCCCCAGGAAUACAGGGCGGAAACAGGGGCGCCUGCGUCUUCCCCAGCUGGGCAGUCGACAUCGACUCUGCAACAGCAAAGAAAACCUGGAAGCCUGUAGCAGCAGCAAGGAGAGCGAGACUGAGCCAGAGCAGGGCACAGUGACGGACGGGGAGAAUCAGAUCACAUCUGAUGCAAACGCGCAAGACACCUGGUCACUGGACGCCUCAAGCAAUGACUGCGAUGUGAUCAUGGUGAAUGGAUUGGGACAAGACAGCAGUCAGAGUAAUGGACACUCGGAGGUCAGCGCAGACCUGGACACCCCUCACCAAAGAAAUGACAUCUGCCUGGAGCCCCUGUACAAUUUAUAUGCAAUCUCAUGCCAUUCAGGAAUAAUGGGAGGGGGGCACUAUGUGACUUAUGCCAAAAACCCCAAUGAAAAGUGGUACUGUUACAAUGACAGCAGCUGCAAGGAAGUUCACUCGGACGAGAUUGACACAGAUUCAGCGUACAUCCUGUUCUACGAGCAACAGGGAGUGGACUACUCACAGUUUCUGCCAAAAACAGAGGGCAAAAAGAUGGCAGACACCACUAGCAUGGAUGAAGACUUUGAAUCUGACUACAAGAAGUACUGUGUGCUGCAGUGAUGUCCUGCUCUUCCACAUCAAAGACACUAGGGGGGUCUGUCAGUACGCCAGUGCAAUGAGAACUGAAAUGCAGCGCCGCCCCAGAGGACCAUCAUUUGUGAAAGCACAAAAUAUCAGUUAGCUGACAGGCACAACACCGCCGCUGACUGCGCUUUCAGAAUAGAGGUACCUGACACUUCAGAUACACCAGGGAGAGGGCAAACGAGUGAAUCAGAGAGAACUGUAGCGAUCAUGUGAUUGUUGCCAAGCAAACAAAUAACUGUUAGCCAAUCCCUUGAAAUCACCAUUAUCAGACAGACAAAACUGCUCUUUCACAUGCCAGCCCACACAGGUGAAUCCAAAAAUCACGUAACAAGAGCUUAUGCUUCUGUAUUGAUAAUAUUUAGAAUGCUAAUUGGCAGAUUGUUUCAAUUAGGAAAUUGAUGGUGAAGAUGGCAUUGGUAUAAAUUAUAGUUUUCUCUAAAGCUUUUGUUGGCUUAGUUUUCUCAUAGUUGAUUUUUUUUUCUUCAGUAAGUUCCAUACACUACCUCACAUAUUUUGCAGUUGGCCAACUGUUCAUAGAAAAUCAGUGACAGUAUUAUAUCAUCUGAGGGCAGAUUAAAAUUACUUCUACUUUAUAUCCAAAAUUCACUUUUCAAAAAAAGUUGCUUAUUUUAUUUAAUAAAAAAAAAUGUUUCUACCAAUUAAUAAAAUAUCUUCCCACUCCUCCGCUGCCAAAUUAUGCACAUGCUAUUUUUGUUGAUUUUAGUUUUAAGAUGGUUACUUUCAGGCUUCGUUUCUCUUUAGAAGAGUAAAUGUAUCUCUUUUUUUCUUUUACAUUUUUUUUUAUACAUUUGUUUUUAUCAAUGAUUUUUUUUAAUGCAGUAGUUCACUUUGCCUAAACGCAUUCGCUUACAGCUUUAGUCUCAGCAGUCUGAUCAAACCACGUCCUCUCAACAAAUGCACAGCUUUUUACACGUUUUCCUGCUUCGCAAAAUACUGUUGACCGCAGAGACUAAAAACGGCAAUCAGAUACAUAUCCAAACAAUGUUUUCUCACCAUGUCCAAGCCAAAGUGUUCAACUGGUCAUGUACAUAAUGUGCGGAAAGCAUUGUAUACUGUUAGACGAGAGCGUAAGAGGUCUGUUGUGUGAACAGUAUUAGCACGGAGGAAUAUUUCACAACCUUUGCUUUUAGAGAACAGCAUUCUCAGUAAACUGCUGAACGUUCUAAACCUGGGGGUUCCAGGUUAUUAGUAGCAUUUCUUCAGUGACUCUUGAUAAGAGAGCUCACCUUAAUUACCACUGUGAAAAGAUGUAUGAAAUAUUGAACGGCUCUUAUUUUUCAGCAACUCAUCAACUGAAUGAGCUCCUCCUGUGAGGAGGCGUUAAACCCUUGGAAAUCGCCGGGAAUCAUUCGCAAACAUCCAUUUUGCUGCUGUACUUUUCAGAUUUCUGUGUCAUGGAUAUUUAAACUAAAUGUUUGCCAUCAAAGAAAGGUUUAUCCCUGUCAAAAAAAGAAAUGUUUGUGAAAUAAACACAGCUGUAUUACUGUAAGUCAAUUGUUAAUCAUCAUAAUGAGUAAUGCAAAUAUGAUAUAUGGACUGUAAAGAUUUUUUAGGCAUUUAAUGUUAAAAUAAAAAUAGAUAUCCAAAAUCAAAAUAUAAUAUCACCAUUCUCCAAUUAUAAUUGGCUGUUUGAGCAAUUACAAUUACAGUAACAAGCGUUUUUGAAACCACGAACAUGUUUUAAACAUCCACAUAUUUUUUUUCUCCUGUUUUUAUACAGGGAUAAUUUAUUAAAAUGGCAAAUAUAUCUCUUUUCAAGUAGUGCAAUCAACUACUGAUGUGUGUCUUUGUCCAUGUCGUUAGUCCUAAUUUUGUUAAAUUAAUUUUUAUGAACUGCUAGAGAUGUAUUAAUUUAAUGAACUCUAUUUUGUAAAGUGUUGUUUAAAGAAUAAAAUUGACAUUGCACUGACUAAUGUACAUAAAAGUUUUGUAAAUACGCCAAUGGAAAUUAUGUAUUUGAAAAUUAACUGUACAAAUGUACUUGUAGUUGUAUAUGGAGUGAUGCUGUUGAUCUGUAACAAUUAUUCAAGAAACAAAUUAAAUGCAGCCAAAUGCA